UAAUCUGGAAACCACAAAAGAGCCCUACCUGCCCCAAUUCUUAAAACCCUCGGACCCAGAAAAGCUUCUCCAUCGCCACUGAUUUCUAAAUAGGAGUUGGCAUGAAGCUAGAAAAUAUUAGACCAAGGUAAUAUGGAUAAUUCUAAAGUGGAAGUUGACAAUGAUCAUGCAAGCGGAUCGAAAGGAUCAAGCGUUGGGGAAAACAGUUUGGAUUCUGAAGAGUAUGAUGAUAUGUCUGAUGAUUCAACAGAGGAGGAGUCUGAUGAGAAUUCUGCGAGCUAUGGAAAAAUCCUUAUGGAUUAUCUUAUGUCUGAAAUGAUUGCUGAUAUGUAUGAUGAUUUUACAGACGACCUGUUCGAUAUUCUUGCAGCUAGAAUCCCUUCACUUAGCGCACUACGAACCUGCAAUAAGCAGCCAUCAGAUGACAAGACUAGUACGGUGUUUUAUUCAAUGAAUGUCCUCAAUAAUCUUACUGGUGUGAGGAUGUGGUCGCCUUUAUACGUUGCAUCGUUGACUCAUAUUCAGGCUCAUGUAACUCACAGAGAGGCAUUCUUAGCAUUUUCUGAUCCCGAGAAUAAGAUUUGCUACUUAGAGCACAAGACUAGCAAAAAGAGAGAUGAAUGAAUUGCUUAGUGUGUAUUGCUUUUGCUUAUUAAGAUGUUUUCCUAUUGAUUAUUAAGAUUUUAAGUUUGAUUCAUCUUUUACAAGUAAUCUGCAAGAGGAAUGAUCUCAAAAGAAGCUAAUGUAAUUCUAUCUGUUGUAAUUGUAGAGAAGACAUUUUUAAGUGUUAUUCUUACAGUUAACCA